AUGUAUGAUGGGACCGAAACUAGUGUUCGUGCGCCAGUAGGGGAUACUGGUUUUUUCCCGGUGGAGAUAGGACUCCACCAAGGGUCGGCGUUGAGUCCGUUUCUCUUUGCAGUUUUGCUGGAUGAGUUGUCAAAGUCUAUACAGGAGCCGAUUCCAUGGUGCAUGCUUUUUGCAGAUGAUAUUGUGUUAGUCGCAGAGACUAAACAGCGACUGAACGAGAGGUUAGAAGAGUGGCGAGUUGCUUUAGAAGGCAAAGGUUUAAGAAUUAGUCGUUCAAAGACCGAGUACCUUCAUUGUGAUUUUAGUGGAACAGUCGACCGCGAAGAUACUCAAAUCACCAUUGAUAGUCAACCGGUGCCACAGGUUACCAAGUUUAAAUAUUUAGGAUCGUUUGUACAAAAGGAUGGAGAGAUAGAUAAUGACGUUGCCCAUCAUAUACAAGCUGGCUGGUGUAGGUGGAGAGCAGCCGCUGGGGUUUUGUGUGACAGGAGGUUCCCAACUAAAUUAAAGGGAAAAUUUUAUAAGGUUGCAGUUACACCUGCUAUGUUAUAUGGAACAGAUUGUUGGGCUAUCAAAAAGACGCAGACACGCAAGAUGGAGGUGGCAGAAAUGAGGAUGUUACGGUGGAUAUGUGGGCACACAAGGCUAGAGCGUAUGAGAAAUGAGGUUUUUAGGGAAAGGCUAGGGGUGGCUAGUAUAUCAAGUAAGAUUAAGGAGGGGAGAUUGAGAUGGUUUGGGCAUGUGAAGAGGAGGCCAUUGACGGCAACGAUUUCUAUUGCUAUAUCUGUAGUUUUGCAUUGUUUGCUUGAUGUUUGGUUUCGAGCCGGGGGUCUUUUUGGAAGCAGCCUCUUUAUCCAUAUGGAUAGAGGUAAGAAUGGCGACUGGAAGUUCCUAUGGUGCUUCUGGUGGUCGAUAGAGGUGGCACACAGUGGUGUUUGCCGAUUGGUUAUGUCGGGUUCAACGUUUAAGGUGUGGUUUCUACUCACCGGAAUCUUUGUUUUUGCCGGAAAAUCGCUAGGAAACAGAGUGUAG